AUGGUAAGCAAAAUCGCUGACGCGCCUUCUGGGUUUUUGACACUGUUUCCGCUUCCCCAGAGAUGCAUUCUGCUCAUUAUAGUAGGUAUGUGGCUAUGGCUAUGGCAGAUAACGAUUAUGCACCGAUUCUUUCACAUCGAUGUAUCACAGUUGGUCUUAUCUCAUGACCCUCACGAAGCUCUUCCCCAACAGUCGGCAACAAGGCAAACAGAAGCAACGCGUCGCGUGGUUUCGAGGCUCACCAAGAUCAUUUUGCCUUGGUGCGCGGCCACAUCGGUCUUGCUUUCGGAGUGUACCAAAAUACAAGCAUACUCGCCGCCCGUCUGGGCAGUGUGCCUUCUCAACAUCCAAUCACUUUGCCAAUUCAUCUUCAUAUUUGCUACGAUAUGCUCCUACUCACCUAUGGUCUCUCGGUGCCUCAGAAAAAUCAUGCCCCUUGGAAACAUUGAGGCCAAACCGCUGAGGCUGAACUACAUUUUAAUUACAGACUCAUUGACCUCCUACAGCAAGCCUCUGAUAGAUUUCGGCUUCUACCUCUGCCACUUAGUGCUGGAUCCUUUAAAUGAAGCGUGCAUAAUCAGCCGCAGCCCUAUCGGAACAGCGAUCAAUCUAGAUCUUGCAAUUGGCUCUACACCUGUUUUACUGAGACUGCUACAAUGUUUGAGAGAAUGGAGGCGUUCUAAGUACGCAAAAGACGCGCGCAGCUCUCUAUUCAAUGCGCUCAAGUACUCCCUGCACAUUCCGAUCGUGCUAUGUACAGUUUAUUCACGAAGCUACCCAACUGCAAAGCCGGGAAACCACAUUUAUUGGCUGAUGCUAGUAAACUCUUCAUACAGCUUAUGGUGGGAUUUAACAAUGGACUGGGAAUUAGGCAUUUUUGAUUUCUCCAUCCACGGUAUGAAUCGUAAUGAAGUUUUACGCCGUCGCAAGGUCUUUCCUAAUUACAUGUAUUAUUUCGCCAUGUGCGCAGAUUUCGCGCUGAGGUUUGUUUGGCUCUGGGAGCUCCUUGCUGGCAGAAGUGUUUUUGAGGGCGAAGCAAACAUCUUUUUCCUGCAGUCUCUCGAAAUCCUAAGAAGAUGGAUUUGGAUAUUUAUCAAGCUAGAGGCGGAGGCGAUAAAUUCUGACCUCCCAGAAAAAAACUACAAUAUUGAAUAG